ACCACGGCGCGCACGGACAAUCGCGCUCGCGGACGGACGGUCGCUCGCGCACAUACACACCCGCACACAGACCCACACACACAUACAGACACACACACACACACACACACACCUAUACUCCCGCACAUGUAAUAAUACGCACGCGCGUGCGAACACGCUUUUUCCUAUUUUGCCGGUCCUUUUUAUUCCACAUCUACUGUCGCUGCUCCGCGGCGGCGUCUCUCUUUCAGCCGCUCGGGCGCGCGCGGUCUCUCUCGCGCUCUCUCGUGCCCUCGUCGUCUCCUUCUCUCGCUCACCAUCGUCCGCAAAGCGCACGGCGCGCGCGUCGCACUCUGCACCACGUAUAGGUACGUCGCGUACGUGUGUAUACGCGAGCCCGGCUCCGUGGGCAUAUCCCGGCUAAAGUCGUCCGCCGCGCUUUUAAACAAGUAUAUUAAUAUUGUUGUUGUUGUUGUUAUACGCAUUUAACACGCCGACAGCUGCGCACAUUUACCGCGUAUCCCGUUUUAGUGAUUUCGUGUACGUAUUUCUCCGACCGACAAGCCCGGCCGUGUACGACCCCCGGGUACGUCGGGAGAGGAAAAGGCGGCGGUCGGCCAACCCCCCCCCACCCACACACCUCUUGAGCACGCACGCAGCUACGACAACCGCGACGACGACCGCGACGACGACGUUGCCGUAUAUGGUGCUCUGGCGACGGCCGUGCCAGAUCGGUGGUUGGCCCGCGGGACAACCGCGACGACGCGCCGACAGCACCACAAUCACCGCCCGUACCAGCCGCAGCGGCCACGGGCACGAUGACGUGUGGCGGCCGGCGGUUAUCGCCGUCGUAUUACCGACAUCACCGGCGCCGGUGCCGGCAUACCGGCGACCCGCAGCACAGCCGCCGCGGUCUGAACCACCAACACGAUCACCGCAAUCAUCACCACUACCACCACAACUACUACCGUCACCACCACCACCGUCAUCAUCACCACCACCAUCAUCAUCACCGCCAACACAACCGACACGGGCGCGGCCAAUCCCGGUUGCGGGCAGCCGUGGCCACCGAUAGCCGCGCCCGACUGCCGUACCCGACCGCCGACGCCGUGGCCCCGUCGGACGCUACGCCGCUGCCGUUGCCGGCUAUGAGGCACGCACCCGCUGCCGCCCGCCGGCACUCUUCUUCUUCUUCGUCGUCGUCGGCGGCGGCCGUCCGCCGCAUGUCCGCGUGGCUGGUGGCCUGCGUCGCAUUUUGGGCCCCAUCGACACCUUGCACGCACGCAGCUAGUAUGUAUGGAGACGUGAACAUAUCGGCUAUACUCGAUUCGUUCAGCGGCAGUUACGACAAAAGAGUAAGACCGAAUUACGGAGGUCCCCCAGUAGAGGUCGGAGUCACCAUGUAUGUUCUCAGUAUAAGCUCCGUGUCCGAAGUACUCAUGGACUUCACGCUGGACUUUUACUUCAGACAGUUUUGGACCGAUCCCCGGUUGGCGUUCACCAAGCGGCCGGGCGUUGAGACACUAUCCGUGGGAUCGGAGUUCAUCAAGAACAUCUGGGUGCCCGACACGUUCUUCGUCAACGAGAAACAGUCUUACUUCCACAUAGCGACCACCAGCAACGAGUUCAUCCGGAUACACCAUUCAGGGAGCAUAACGCGGAGCAUUCGCUUGACCAUCACCGCGUCGUGCCCCAUGAACUUGCAGUACUUCCCGAUGGACCGACAGUUGUGCCACAUUGAGAUCGAGAGCUUCGGAUACACGAUGAGGGAUAUCAGGUAUAAAUGGAACAAGGGUCCAAAUUCGGUGGGCGUGUCCAACGAAGUGUCAUUGCCGCAAUUCAAAGUGCUUGGGCACCGGCAGCGAGCAAUGGAGAUAAGCUUGACUACGGGUAACUAUUCGAGACUGGCUUGCGAGAUCCAAUUCGUACGGUCUAUGGGCUACUACCUGAUCCAGAUCUACAUACCCAGCGGGCUGAUCGUCAUCAUAUCGUGGGUGAGUUUUUGGCUGAACAGGUGCGCGACGCCCGCCCGAGUCUCGUUGGGUGUCACCACCGUGCUGACCAUGACCACGCUCAUGUCGUCCACCAACGCGGCGCUGCCGAAGAUAUCGUACGUCAAGUCCAUCGACGUGUACCUGGGCACGUGUUUCGUCAUGGUGUUCGCCUCGCUCCUGGAAUACGCCACCGUGGGAUACAUGGCCAAAAGGAUACAGAUGCGGAAGAACCGUUUCUUGGCCAUUCAAAAGAUUGCCGAACAGAAGAAAGGCGGCGGCGGAGGAGGAGGCGCCGGUGGUCACUCCGCCCACGAUGGCCACUCGCACGCGCACCCCCACCACACGUCUCGUCACGGUCAUGGCCAUGGAUCUAUAUCUGGCCACAGCACCCUGUCAGGACACGGCACACUGUCCGGUGGCCAUGGGCCCCAGUCCGGCCACGGCACGCUCCCCCACGGUAUGUCCAGCCACGGACUGGCGUCACACGGCACCAUGUCCAGUCAUGGAUACGACGGUGGUGGAGGCGGUCACCGGCACAGUCACAUGGGUCACGGAGGCACGUUGUCUGGAUCACUGAUGGCCGGAGACUUGGACCACACGCCCCGACAAACCGAGGUGCGAUUCAAGGCCCACGAUCCGAAAAACUACCUCAAGGGCGGUUCGCUGGAGAACACCAUCAACGGCCGCGGGGAUGACGACAACAUCACGCCCAUCCCCACGCAGCACGUCAUGCACCCCAACAAGGACAUCAACAAGCUGUACGGCAUCACGCCCAGCGACAUCGACAAGUACUCGAGGAUCGUGUUCCCGGUGUGCUUCAUAUGCUUUAACCUCAUGUACUGGAUCAUAUACUUGCACAUCAGCGACGUGGUGGCUGACGAUCUGGUACUUCUGGGAGCGGACUGAACUCAUCGGUUACAGUGUUACAUACCUACACACCCAUAUAUAUAUAUAUACUACUUACAUGCGAUUAAAUAAUCUAUAUUGUACACUUAGACUUAGUGGUGGUGAUAAGAGCUCAAAGAAAUACAAAUUCCGUAAGAUUUAUAUAUAUAUAUAUAUUAUAUUAUACGAUAUUUAGUAGUGUUAACGCAAUUAUUAUUAUUAUAAAUUAUUAUUAUUACUAUUACGUUUUGUUGUACUACGUACGACAUAAUAUUCUCUAUAAUAUGUAUAUUAUGAUAUAAGUCAAUAGACAGGAUCGAUCUAACACCUGCAGGGUUUUUCACAGAUUCUCAUACGCGUAGGACUAGACUACGUUAUAAUAAUAAUAUGAUAUUAAUUAUUAUUAUUAUUAUGAACUAAAUCGGAAUAACAAUUAUUAACAUAUUGUAAUUACUGUGUUGAGCGAUGUGUCGAUCGCGUGAUUGCACUAAUGUAUGCACUCGAUGGACGUCGAGGGCGUAGCGUCUGUUCAUCGCGUUUUCAUAAUUGUCGAUCAAAGUAUAAUAGUAUUAUUAUAUAAUGAGAUUAUCACGACGGUGCGCUGGGUGUAUGUACCUCCAAGGCGAUAACCAGCUCGUCGUUUUUGAGUGAAAUAAAUUAAUCUCUCGCCAAACGCCCAGAAAAAUGAUAAUAUUAUUUAUGAUAAUUCACGCAGUACAAAAUGAAAGUUGUCCUGUAGCAACGAAAUCCGCAAAAAAACGAUAGCAAUAAUUAUUACGCCGAUGAGCAAUAAACAAUAAAAUUGUAACGCGAAAGCAAUAAUAUUAUAAUAAUAUUACGUCGUGUUCGCCGACGCCGGAAAUGCACAAAACAGAGACUGAUAUGAAUAAUAUUAUCAUGAUAAUAAUGUUAUAUUAUACUGAAAUCGAUAACCAAAAUGUCACGGGCAAAUAAUUCACCGAUUAACGUUAUUUUUCCAAAAGCUUGAUGAUAACAACAUAAAAUAAUAUUAUGUGUAAUUGAAAUUUGUGUAAAUUAAAUAUUAAUAUUUAUAGAUGACAAUACCUUAUAACGUUUUCAACAACUAUUUAAACCAAUAUAUUAGCUCACAGUACAUAAUACAUAAUAAAUAACAGUUAUAUAUAAUAUAUACAUAUAUGUAUGUAAUAAUAUGUACAAUAACGUAUAUGUAAAUUAUAUUGCUCGUACGAAAAUAUCAUCGACAAAACGACAUUUUCAAGCUCGAAAUCGAACGUAAAGAACAGAAAUAUUCACACCUGCACUUCAUUCCGAUAAAUUCGCUUUUGAUUCGCAACUCGACGAAAACCUCUUACUCAAUAAAUAGUAUAAAAUAAUGUAAUGUAAGUUGUAACCAUAGGUACAUCGCCGUAUAGGCCUCUGCUGUAUAUUAUACGAGAUGGUUUCACCAGCAUGCUCAGAGCUACUCCUCAUUUAUUAUGUCUUUGAAUAAUACAUUUAUUCAAUAACUGAUUUUUUUAAUUUUUAAAUUUACUUGGAGACGAUAUCUUCAAAUUCUUAUUUUUUUUUUAAUACUUAAGGACUGUCUUGUAAUCUUAACUGCAUGAGAUAUAAAUUUCUGUUUUUUUUUUUAAAUGCAAACCAGUAAACAUCAAUUUUUCACUGUAAAUUAUAGUGGAAAUUAUGUUAAAAGUGGUUUGUCAUUUGAAUAAAAUCGAAGCUUCACAGGGAACUUCUUGAGUAGUAGGUACAAUACAUCUAGAAAUAUAAAAUGUAUGUACAUUAACGUAGGUAAACCUUGUUACCUUGUAAAUUAUGUUUUUUUUUUAAGAUUUUGGUUAAUAUAUCAUAACAUUUAUUUAGAUACGAUAAUAUCUUAAAAUUCAUAAAAUUGUCUUUAAUACUCAAGAAGUGUCCUGUUAUCUUACCUGCAUGAGAUAUAAACUUCUGUUUUUAUUUAAGUGAAAACCACUAGCCAUCAAUUUUUCACUGUAAAUUACAGUGGAAAUUAUGUUAAAAGUGGUUUGUCGUUUGAAUAAAAUCGAAGUUUCACAGGAAACUCUUUAAGUAGUAGGUACAAUGCAUCUAGAAUUAUAAAAUGUACGUACACUUACUGUAAACCAUGUUACCCUUGUAUAUUUGUUAGUUUGUAAGUUUCAUCUCUAAAAAAACCUCAAGAAUUUUAAAAUAUACAUUUAUGUACCAAAUAUUAUGGUCUUUAGGUAUAUUAUUUAAAAACUAAAAAACCAUUUUUUGAAUAACUGCAUUAAUCAACAAAAUCAAUGGGGUGAGCAUGCUAGGUGGUGAAUUAUCAUCCUGCACAGUAUAAUAAAGUUGCGAAAUACGACGAAGAUUUACCGAACUGUAGACGACACUCGUAUUCGAACGAUUUCCUGUUUUUCGUUUGACAUCCGUUUGAGUGCACUAUUUUGACGACUCUGUAUACUUACGCGAAUGUACGUGCAUAUUAUUAUAUAUAUUAAUAUAUGUGAUAUGUGUUUUAUCGUAUUUCCAUGGCCGCGAAACGCACCUGCGACUGUUUAUAAUUAUUAUUAUUAUUAUUAUAAAAUAGGUACUAAAAUAAAAUUCUAUUAUAUGAUUAUGAUUAAGUUAAGUUAAUGUUAGGACUGAAAUUAUGAUGAUUAAAGCAAUUUAUGUAAUAUUUAUUAUAUUAUAAUAUAAUACAAAGUCGACUAUUCGUAGUGUUUUAUACUGAAAAAAAUAUAUAUAAAUAUUAUAUUUAUUAUUAAUUAUUAUGUAUAUUAUGCCAUCUGUACAUAAAAAUACAUACUUGACCGUAGUUGUUAUACGAUUAGGGUAUUAUAUAAUACAUAUUAUCUUUCUAUAUAUAUAUAUAUCUAUAUAUAUAGCGUUGCCCAGUGAUUAGCUCAUCGUUCCAGUGGCAUAUUUUAGGUUCUAAAACUAUAUAUUAUUAUUUUAACAUGUAUAGGUAUAAUAAUAUGUAAUAUUAAGUGGAAACGAAAACGAGUAUUGUAAUAAUUAGUGGUAAAGGUACAUUUUUUUUUUUUUUUUCUAUUGAUCGAUAUUGAACAUAAUAAUAUUAUUAUUAUUUGGUUAGGUGUCGCCGUUCUAAUCUCUCAAAAUUAUUUUUAUAAGUCGCAAAUUAUAUAUAUAUAUAUAUAUAUUAUAUAUGUAUUAUUACUAAAUUUAUGAUAUUAUUAUAAUAUCUGCGUGUACAAAACUACAUACCUAUAAUACAACAUGAUGAUAUUAUGUAUUUAUAUAUUAUAUAUAUUAUAUUGUACGCGCGUGCGUGUGGUAUGUGCGCGUGGUGGUGUACGCGCAUACACUAUACCGACUUUACAUAAUUAAUUAAUAAUAUUAUAUAAAAUGUGUUUAUGUGACGUUUUAUGCAUAUUAAUAAUAUAAUAUAUUGUAUUGUAUUAGGGUCGGACGAACACGUUAUUGCAUUAACAGUGUUCGUAUUCGACGGUAUUAUAUGAUAUUAUAUCGAGAGAAGACGGACAGUCGACGACACGAAACGCACAAUUUUAUACGGUUGGAAGUGCGUCAUAUUUUGAUAGGUAUAAUCUAUAGGUAAAAUACGAUUGCAGUGUUCAACUAUUUUCUGUUUUGGGGGGUUUUACGACCGUUUUAGCGUAGGUAUCGAUAACUUACCACGGUAUCUAUAUAAUCGCGUAGUCGCCGAUUUUCGUAUUUCACUGGGCACCAGCGACUAACCCAAAUCGAACGCGUGUGACGGCUGUUCCUAAUAAUAAUAAGAAAUUCGCCGUCGCGGUCGGUAGAAAAAAAAUUCAAUAUCGUCUGCGCGGAAACAAUAAAUUCUAAAAAAAUGUACCACCUCCUCCUCCCCCUACACCACCUCCGUCACGUCAUCCCCCUUCUCGUCCGACCACAAAUCAACAUGCCGUGAUAAAACCACCAUCGAUUUCCAAGAUCCAGUCCGAAUCCAUUUUUGCUAUAAUAUUAUACAGACCUCGUGGGCACAUAACGAACAACUAAAAACGAAAUCAAAAUUUAAUAACAAAAAAUUGGUCGGCAUCGUAUGUAUGAUACAUAUGGCCUGGAUUUCAGCCUUUCUGGGUGACGACACGCGAACCCAAAUCGUAUUUUAUGUAUAUUUUUUUGUUCAUCUUUAUAUUGAUAUUAUAUAAUAAUAAUAUGUGUACCCGCGUAGUUGUAUGUGUAUUGUUAACAACGGUACAUUGUUAUUAUUAUGUAUUAUUAUAUACGAUAUAAUAUUAUGUAAUAUACUAUUUAUGAUAUCGCGUAUGUUUAGACAUUAAUAUAAUUAUUUAACGAAAAUAUUUUUAAAAGCACUUUCAGAUUGUGAUUCGCACAUUUUAAACGAUAAUACAAUUUGACUUCCUUAGUGUUUAAAUCAGCAAACGGUAGCGCGUUGUUAUUUGAAAAGAUAAAAAAAAAAAAACGAAAAAAACGAAAAAAAUUUGUAAAAAAUGUGAAACUACCGUCGUAUAUUCUAAAUCUCGUUAGGUAAUAAUAAUAUUAUUAUAUUAUAUUAAACUGUUAUUAUUUUAAGUUUUUGUAGUCUAUUAUUGUAAGACCGUUAUUCGUUUGCGUUCAUAAAUAACAUAAUAAUAAUAUAUUAUUAUUAUUGAUAUAUUGAAUAUUACUAUGAUAAUAAUAUAUAUAUACUAUUAUAUAAUUAUAUAUAUUAUAUUGAAUAUGUAUAUAUAUUUAUAUGUUAUAUUAUGUUUCCCCUUAUUUACGUCAAUAAUAAGUAUUAUUAAUUAUAUACAAAUAGUUUAUACAUUAUUAUUAUUAUUAUUGUGAUUAUUAUUAUUAUUAUAUUGUUUGUUUUAAUUGUAUGCUUCCGUUAUUUUUUUCUUUCUUUUUCUU